CCCAGGGAGAGGGAGGCGAAGCGAAGGCCAUCUGCCCACCAACCGUUCCACCACUGCCCGCAGUCGAGUCCCCGUCUGCAUCCCCCGGCGCGGCCAUGGCUCCGAUCGCGGUCGGCGACUCCCUCCCCGACGGCCAGCUCGGCUGGUUCGACGAGAGCGACCAGCUGCAGCAGGUCUCCGUCCACGCGCUCGCCGCCGGCAAGAAGGUCAUCCUCUUCGGCGUGCCAGGCGCCUUCACGCCCACCUGCAGCAUGCAGCAUGUGCCAGGCUUCAUUACACAGGCUGAGCAGCUCAAAGCCAAGGGUGUAGAUGAAAUCCUGCUUAUCAGUGUUAACGACCCCUUUGUCAUGAAGGCAUGGGCAAAGACGUACCCUGAGAACAAGCACGUGAAGUUCCUUGCUGAUGGAUCGGGGAAUUACACCAAGGCACUCGGUCUCGAGCUUGACCUUACAGAGAAAGGGUUGGGCAUUCGCUCAAGACGGUUUGCUCUCCUGGCCGACAACCUCAAGGUCACCGUCGCAAACAUCGAGGAAGGUGGCCAGUUCACAAUCUCUGGCGCUGAGGAGAUCCUGAAAGCGCUGUAGGAGUUUCGGCUCUUGUAAAAGCGCAGCGAUGUUGUCGACGUCAGUCUAGUUUGAACUCGCCUGCUACACCGCGAAUAACUUGUCGAUGGACAAGAUCCAGUUCCAUGUACACUAGACGAAACUUUUGGAGGCUGUUACCGCUGUUGGGUCAUGCACCAUAUGGUAUUCGUGUGUCAUA